UCAUUUAUAAACCCCCCCCCACUCCUCACCCUCCGGAGCAUUCUCUCUUCUUGUGUACUCAUGCCCUCACUGCUUAGUUCAACUGCAACGAGCAACACAGCAUGAGCUUUAUUAACAACCGUCCGAUCUUUAGUCUACGAAGCCUCCCCUGCACCGCGAAGCAUGGAGGCGUUUCUCUGCUUUUGCUUGCUCUCCUAGCGCUGGAGAUUCCUUGGGCCGCCGCCCAGCCCGGCCCGGAGCAGAACCCCUACCAGUACGCCAAGUUCAGCCCCUCGAUGGCGAUAAUCGUCGUUGUUUUGGUUGCCGCCCUCUUCUUCAUGGGCUUCUUCUCCAUCUACAUCCGCAACUGCGCGGGGGCCCAGAACGGCAACAGCGUGGCGGCGCGCGUUUUCUCCCGACGCGCGGCGGCCGCGCGCGGGCUGGACCCGGAGGUGAUCCAGACCUUCCCGACCCUGGCCUACUCCUUGGUGAAGGGGCUGAAGAUCGGGAAAAGCGCGCUGGAGUGCGCGGUGUGCUUGAACGAGUUCGAGGACGAAGAAACGCUGCGCUUGAUCCCCAAGUGCGACCACGUGUUCCACCCGGAAUGCAUCGACGCCUGGUUGGCUUCCCACACCACGUGUCCCGUUUGCCGCGCCAACCUCAUCCCUCAACCCGGCGAGUCUGUCCACCUACCUACCGAGUUAUUGACCGAGUUAGACGUCGAAGCCCAAAACGGCGCCGUCCUCGAUGAGCCACCCAACCCAGAUCUCGAACGAGAAAAGGAACAAGGACCGGAAGAACCGGUGGUUAUAAACGUCAAGCAGACGUUGAAUCGGAACCGUACACGUAGGUCAAGCUCGGGCCGGACGCGUGGGCUUCCGUUUCCGCGGUCCCACUCGACAGGGCACUCGCUGGUCCAGCCGGGUGAGAACACGGAGCGGUUCACUUUGAGAUUGCCGAUCGAGGUGAGGAAGCAGAUAAUGAACCGGCAUCUGAGCCGGGCCACAAGCAUGGUGCUACUGCCAAGGGAAGGGAGUUCGAGGCGGGGGUACCGAACCGGAUGGGAGGGGAGUAGUAGAGGAAAGAGUUAUAGGCGGCUCGAGAACGGGGACCGGAUGUUAAAGUCAGACCGGUGGGUGUUUUCGAUGACGCCGCCGUUUCUCAUGAGAGCGAUUUCGUUAAAGUCAACGAAGGUGGUGGCCUCUAAUGAUGGUGAGGGCACUUCGGCUCGACCGGAAGGAUCAGGAUCAGGGAGUGAGUCGGUUCGACCUCCGGUUUAAGGCACAAUUUUUCAAUUUUGGAUUCUUCCAUGCAAUUUGUGUAAAUUUUUUUAUUUAUUUUUUUUAAUUUAUCCAGCGAACUUGGUCUAAAUUUGUAAAAUAGAUGUAUAAUAUUUUGUAUGUAAAUGGGAAUGUGCCAAUCCUAGCAUACAAACUUCAUUUGAA